CCAAGAAGGGCUUUUUGAGUCGCCGUUGUUGAGCUCUCAGUGAGGAGACAAUGCUGACUCUCCUCCGUCUUCUUCCUCCAUCCCCAAAAUCCUCUCUUUUCUCUAUUUCCUCUUUCUGCCGGCCGCUAUCUCAGAUCCAAUCUCUCUCUGUCUCUUUCCCCUCCGUUAGAUGCCUUUCUUUCCGCAGAACUAGACUUCACAUAAGAUCCUUCUCCUCUGCACCCAACUCCAACUCCGGACCAUCAGAGGCCCCGUCCCCGCCUCACCGACCCCUUAAAAUUGCCAUCAUUGGCUUCGGCAACUAUGGCCAAUUCCUCGCUAGAACCCUUGUCGCUCAAGGCCACACCAUUUUAGCCCACUCGCGUUCCGACUAUUCAGACCUCGCUCAGAAACUUGGCAUCUCUUUUUACUUGAAUCCCCAUGAUCUCUGUGAGCAACACCCAGAAGUUAUACUCCUCUGUACCUCUAUUAUCUCCACGAAACAAGUUCUAAAGUCUCUUCCUUUGGAGAGAUUAAAGCGAUCCACGUUGUUCGUUGAUGUAUUGUCCGUCAAAGAGUUUGCCAAGGACCUCCUUAAGGAUUUACUGCCGCCAGAUUUCGACAUCAUUUGCUCCCAUCCUAUGUUUGGACCCCAGAGCGCGAAGAGCAGCUGGAAUGGGCUGAAUUUCGUGUAUGAAAAAGUUAGGAUUGGAGAUGAGGAUUCAAGGGUUUUGAGAGCCGAGGACUUUCUUGCAAUUUUUGAAAGAGAAGGGUGCAGAAUGGUGGAGAUGAGCUGCCAAGAGCAUGACAAGCUUGCUGCAGGAUCUCAGUUUAUAACCCACACGGUGGGGAGGAUUUUGGGGAUGCUGAGUUUGGAGUCCACCCCUAUUAAUACCAAGGGUUAUGAAGCUUUGUUGGAUUUGGUGGAGAACACAUGUCGUGAUAGCUUUGAUUUGUAUUAUGGGUUGUUUCUGUAUAAUACGAGUGCUUUAGAGAUGCUGGAGAAGUUGGAUUCGGCUUUUGAUGCUUUAAGGAAGGAGCUUUUUGGGGGACUGCAUGAUGUUGUGAGGAGGCAGUUGUUUGAGAACCCACAGAAAUUGCAAGAGAGCGAUCUAAAUGGAGCUUCGUUGGCAUCCAGCUUGAAUACAAUGAGAUCUGAAGGAGCCUCUCAACCAGAUGAAUACAGAGGGCAUAUAUCUGACAGUGUCAAUGGCAAUUCAAAGCUUAAGAUUGCCAUUGUUGGAUUUGGAAAUUUUGGUCAGUUCCUUGCAAAAACCAUUGUUCGACAGGGCCACAGAGUUUUAGCCUAUUCUCGAACGGAUUACUCUGAUGUGGCUCAGAAACUAGGGAUUCCUUUCUUUGCUGAUGCAGAUGACCUUUGUGAAGAGCAUCCUGAAGUGAUUCUUCUGUGCACUUCAAUUCUUUCAACUGAAAAAGUUCUCAGGUCUUUGCCACUUCAGAGAUUGAAGAGAAGUACUCUGUUUGUUGAUGUACUUUCAGUGAAAGAGUUCCCGCAGAAUUUAUUUGUUCAAAACUUGCCACCGGAUUUUGAUAUUCUCUGCACACAUCCCAUGUUUGGACCAGAGAGUGGUAAACAUGGGUGGAGAGGUCUAACUUUCUUAUUUGAUAAGGUUAGAGUUGGAAGUGAUGAAAUACGAUUGUCACGAUGCAAUGCAUUCCUUGAUAUUUUUGCACGAGAGGGAUGCAGAAUGGUAGAUAUGUCCUGUGCAGAACAUGACUGGUAUGCAGCAGGGUCACAGUUCAUCACCCACACGGUGGGAAGGGUUUUAGAAAAGUUGAAAUUGGAGGCAACACCAAUCAACACAAAGGGUUAUGAGACUUUGUUGAAUCUGGUGGAAAAUACAGCUGGGGACAGCUUUGAUCUUUAUUAUGGCUUGUUCAUGUACAAUAAAAAUGCGAUGGAACAACUGGAGAAACUGGAUUUGGCUUUUGAGUCCUUGAGGAAGCAGCUUUUUGGUACUUUGCAUGGUGUGCUUCGGAAGCAACUUUUUAGAAAUGCAGAGAAAUUAGAAGUUUUGACAGAGAAGCCUGUUCCCAAUGCUUCUGAGCCUGCAACCUCUUCAGAUCAAGAGUGCUGGAAACUAUCGAAUUAAUGUGUUUGUUUAAUGGAUUUCACUAGAAGAAUUAGCUCAACUUGUGGUGGCUAGAUCACCUCAGCGGAGUGGGACAUAACAGUUGAUGAAACCCUAUAGCUGCUCUGUUAUCCUCCCGUGCAUUUUUUUAACGGCAAUACUGCAAAUUGUCUCGAGAUUAAAAAUGUUAAUACACCAUUGUAGAAUAAUUUCGAUCAACAGUUGGAGGGAGGCAUUAGAGGAUGGUACCCUUUGGCAUAUGCAUGGUCAAGAAAUAAUAAAAUGGGAAGAAUGAAUAAGUGAAGCGAAGUGUGGAUCCUGCUUUUACUUGCUAAUCUGUUCUUUGAGAUUUUUUCCCGGGUACGCCCGGGUAGUGUAGUAUAUUAUUUUCUGUUACUGAGAGAUCUUGAUUAAUAAUAGCUUGUCAUUCUC